UGACCCUACAGCUGAUUUCCUCGGAUGGAGUGUUUCUGCUUGAUGUUCGCUCGCGCUGCUUGGCUAUGACUGCGCUUCUGGGGGAUUUCGGUUCAGUCGUGGCGCGUUGACACGCAGCGAUCCGCGAGACAUUAUGGCCCAGGCUGCUCAGAUGAAUGUCAUCGAGAUCAACAGCCCCGUUUGCGUUGAACACGACAAAAAACGACGCCAAUUCACCAUCCGGCUCAACGGUUCUUACGAUAGAGCCGUGUUGCUGUAUGAAUAUGUGGGGAAGAAGACAGUGGAUCUGCAACACACAGAGGUUCCUGAUGCUUUCCGAGGACGAGGAAUUGCCAAGCACCUGGCCAAGGCAGCAAUGGAUUUUGUGGUCGAGGAAGACCUCAGGGCUCACCUGACCUGCUGGUACAUUCAAAAGGGAGUGAUGGCGGCGGCGGGUGAGUGUUACAUUGUGCACGAGAUCUACAAUGGUGAGAAUGCGCAGGAGCAGUUUGAGUAUGAGCUGGAGCAGGCACUGGAGGCACAGUAUCGCUACAUCGUCAUUGAGCCGACACGCAUUGGAGACGAGACGGCGCGUUGGGUGGCUGUCGGGAACUGCCUGCACAAGACGGCCGUACUAGCGGGCACUGCGUGUCUCUUUACACCGUUGGCACUGCCUGCUGAGUAUUCCCGCUACGUAGCUCUGCCCGCUGGUGCCCUCAGCCUGGCCUGCGCUGCUCUCUACGGCAUCUCAUGGCAGUUUGACCCGUGCUGCAAGUACCAGGUGGAGUAUGACAGCCGGAAGCUAGCGCGCCUGCCGCUGCAUACGCUCACCUCGUCCACACCCGUGGUGCUGGUGCGCCGCGACGACGUGCACAGAAAGAGACUGCACAACACAAUAGCGCUCGCCGCCCUGGUCUACUGCGCCAAGAAGAUCUACGAACUGUAUGCCGUAUGAACAUACAUGCACACACACACCACCUACACACAGUGACACAAGUACAGAUACAUCAUCUCACACACACGUACACACACACACUCACACUGGGAGGGAGGUGAGAAGCACUACUAAGUACAAAGAGACACAAAUGCAACAAAGUCAACAGGCAGAUGGAUGCAGGGACAAAGAGAGCGAUCACCCAGAAAGUGAAGAACCUUGCAGCGCUCUCUUUUCCCAUCUGUACAUUUCAUUCGAAGAACGGAAUACUGGGUGGGAUGAGAGGAUGAAUGGAUGAGAACAUGGUGCAAGGGGGGGUUUAUGGUUUAUUGGAGAAUUUAAGAUUCUUCCCCUCUCAUAUCUGCACUGUUAAGUGACAUCAGCAAUGCACUUGACAAGCCGCUUCCCCUCUUUUCUCUCCUUAUCACUGAGUUCCUGCACCUGCGCAGCGACAGUCGGACCGUGACAGCAAGGUGGACGGCGAACACACAGACAUGUUUUAAGUAUUACUUUCAAGCCAUGUCUCUACCCCCCUCCCCUGUGUAGUUUUACUGUACCCUGCCUUGGUGCAUCACCUUUUCAUUAAACAGUAGGAGAUUUAACCUCAA